GCGACAGCAGUGAGGUCCUCUGCCUGGCCGCGUCCGCGGGGCGGGCGGCGGGCGGUGCCACCGUCGCGUGACAGUUGUGGGGUAGGGCACGCUAGGGCGAAGGGGAGGGAGUGUAAAUAGAGCGAAGGCGGCACCGCGUCGGCCCCGCCACCUCCCAGCCGCCAGCGAACGGCUCACGGGGAAAUGGAAGAAGAUGAACAAGAACAGCGGCGCAAGAAGGUGGAGGCCGGGAGAGCAAAGCUUGCUCACUUCCGACAGAGAAAAACAAAAGGUGACUGUGCGCAUUCGAAGAAAAAGACGGCGAAGAGGAAGGGCUCGGCUGUCGAUGCGCCUGUCCAGGCGGAGAAUCCGGUAGCCCCUGAGGAAAGUGGACAUCUUGGAGGAGGGGACAUUGGCAGAAGCACAUCAUGCAGUGACCCCCUUGAUGGUGCAAGCGGGGCAUGUGUGGCUCAGGAGUGUGAAGGUGAAGUUGCUGCACUGGUGGGCAGACCCGAGGAUGAACCUGGCCAGCAACCACAGGCAGCAAUGGAAGUGGAACAGCAGGCUCAGACGGUGCCUGGCCUGGAGUUGGAGGCUCUGCGCCUGAGUCUGAGUAACAUGCACACAGCACAGCUGGAGCUGAUGCAGGCCAACUUGCAGAGGGAGAAGGAGACAGCACUAACGGAGCUACGUGAAAUGCUGAAUGGCCGGCAUGCCCAGGAGCUGGCCCUGCUGCAGAGCAGGCAGCAGCACGAACUGGAGCUCCUGCGAGAGCAGCACACGCGUGAAAAGGAGGAGGUGGUGCUCAGGUGUGGACAGGAAGCAGCUGAACUGAAGGAGAAGUUGCAAUCAGAAAUGGAGAAAAGUGUCCAGAUGAUAGAGACCCUGAAGCAAGAAUGGGAAUGUGAAAGAGAUUUAUGCCUAGAAGAUCUACGAAAAGAAUUAUCUGCAAAGUACCAGUCAGAAAUGGAGUAUUUACAAAACCAGUUUCAAAAAGAACUGACAGAACAGAAAGCUGAAUUGGAGAAGAUUUUUCAAGCCAAAAAUCAGGCUGAAUCUACCCUCCAGGGCCUGGAGUCUCAACAUCAAGCAGCCAUGGAGAAGCUUCGUGCAGACCUGCAGUCUGAACAUAGUCAGUAUCUCGAGGAGCUGGAGUCAAAAUUCAGAGAAAAGGAACAAGAGAAACAGCGAGAGUUAGAGAAUCUUCACUCGUCAUACAAAGACCUGAAGGCUCAGUCCCAGGAAGAAAUCAGGCACCUCUGGUCCCAGCUUGAUUCUGUAAGAACCAACAGACAGGAACUGAAUGAGUCACACAUACAGCUCCUGCCUCAAACAUCACAUGCAGAGGACCUGGAGUUCCUAAAGCGAGACUUUGAGCAGCAACAACUGCGAGAGAAGUCCAAGCACGAGGCCGAGUUGGAGCAGCUGAGGUUGUACUUUGAGGAGCGAUUGAGGGUUGCUGAAAAGACAUAUCAGGAAGACCUGGCUUUGUUGCAGCGCCGGCUGCAGGAAGGGAGGGAAGACUCUCUUCUGGAAUCUGGAGAGACCAGUUCAUCCUGUACAUUUUUAGAAGAAACACCUGAAAAGGAAAGCAAACACUGCCUUGAUCCACCUGGUCUUCAACAUGAGCAACAUAAGGAGGGCCUGGCAUGCCCACAGGCAGAGUUAGAGGAGACCCAUGGGUGCAGAUUGGGAGCUUGGAGGCCUCUUCUCCACAUUCAGCCUAGAGAGGACUGCUUUGAUGGAAACCACAUGGAGAUGGAGGAGCAGCACAGCCCAGAGCUCAAUGCAGCACAUGUCCAGUGUGCACAGGCGGCAGCCUUGGAGAUUGGCACAGAGGCAGCAGCCAUGGCCCUGGGUUUGAAAAUUGAGCAGAAGGUUAAACUUUCACUUCUUCAGACUGAACUCAAGGAAGAGAUCGAAUUCUUAAGGCUGGAAAAUAGAAAUUUACAUGAGAAGUUGCAGCAUGAAAUCCAUCUGAAUGAGGACUUGGAGAAAGAAAGACAAAUCUUAGUUGAAGACCACCAGGAAGAACAUAAUAGAAAUGAGAAGAAGAUUCAGCUGAUGAAAGAGGAAUUCAUAAAAAAGGAAGCAGAGUGGAAAGUUGCAAGUGAGGACCUAAAGAGAAAAGCAGAAGAAAAAUUAACCUUGAUGCUCCUUGAAGUGAGAGAAAAGGCAGAAUCUGAGAAACAGUCAAUAAUCAAUAAGUUUAAGCUUAGAGAAACUGAAAUGAGGCAACUUCAGGACCAGCAGGCUGCCCAGAUUCUGGACCUGGAGCAGUCUCUGACAGAGCAGCAGGGUCGCUUGCGGCAGCUGGAACACGGUCUCACCGGGGAUGAGGCCCUGCCAUGUAGCCCCUGUGGCCAGGACCCUCCCACACCCCACGAGGAGGACUACACCCUGCAGCUGAUGCUAGCUCGAAACAGGCUUUUGGAAGAACGGAAAGCGAUGGCAGAGAAAUUUGCCACAGACCAGGAUGCUUUCCUGCGGGAGGCCCAGGAGCAGCAUGCCCAUGAGCUCCAGCUCCUUCAGGAGAGACACCAGCAACACCUGCUGUCUGUGACAGCAGAGCUCGAGGCGAGACACCAGGCUGAACUUGGGGAGCUACUGGCUUCCUCAGAGACCAAAUGGCAAGCUCUCCUCGGUGCUCGUGUGACUGAACUGCAGAAGAAACAUGCUGCUGAAGUCAGUGCUCUGGAGGCUAGGCACCUGUCCAGCCUGGAUUCCUUGGAGUCCUGUUACCUGUCUGAGAUCCAGACCCUACGGGCUGAGCAUAGGGCAGCCCUGGAGCUGCUGCAAGCAGACCUGGAGGAGCAGCUGCACAGGAGGGACUCUUCUCACCAAAGGACUUUGACCCAGGAGGUGGAGAGGCUGAAGCUCAAACAUGAUGAAGAGCCACGACCUGUGGAAGACAGCUCAAGAGUUGAGGGUGAAUUUGAAAGUGAAAAGAAAACUGCUUUGCCUGAAAAAGAGGAGAGAUUUGAAAGCAAGCAGGCACCAUCUCUUUGCCAAAAGGAGAAAGAACCUUUGUCUCAGCAGUUUCAUGAGGACAGUCAGAUUCAACAGCUGAAAGCCCACAUGUCAUCCUUGCGUCAUGAGUUGGAGGAGAGCCGUGCUGCACUCGAGCAGCUCCAUCAGCGGCGGGGGGGGGAGAACCAAGAAGGUGCCAACCUCCUCUCCAUGCUCAGGGCCGAUGCAAACUCAUCUCAGUGCGAGAGGAAAGCCCUCCAGGAUGCCCUGAGGAGGCUGCUGGGUUUGUUUGGGGAGACGCUGAAGGCAACCAUCACCCUGAAGAGCCGGAUCGCUGAGCGCGUGGGGCUCUACCUAGGUGAUGUGGACACUGUAGAUUCACGCCAGGCCCCUUCAGCAGCUCUGACACUUGAUGAAACAUGGUCUGAUAUGGGCUUGCCAGACUUGGACAGGACCUUGCCUGAAUGUGCAGAGACAUCCUCAGUUGCUGAAAUUAGCAGUCACAUAUGUGAAAGCUUUUUUAUGAGCCCAGAAAGCACACUGGAAUGUGAGCAGCCCAUCAGGAGAAUCUACCAGAGCCUCGGCCUGGCUGUGGACCGCCUCUUGGAGAUGGCCCUGGACUCCACAACACAGCUGGAGGAAGCUCGUCAGAUUCAUUCUCGUUUUGAGAAAGAGUUUAGUCAGAAAAACCAGGAGCUGGCCCAUGUCGUCAGGAAGCAGGAGGAAUUGCUGGAGCACCUGGAGGAAGAGGGCAGGGCGAAGACUCAGCUGGGUCUAGCACUACACACGGCAGAGGGAAUCCUGGAAGGGCUCAAAGUGGAGAGAGCAGAACUGCAGAAGGCCCUAGGCCACAAGGAAGAAUCUGAGCAGCACCUGGUCCUGGAGCUGGAGAGCCUGAGGUGGAAGCUCCAGCAAGUGGCCCAGGAACAAACCUCACUGAAGGAGGAGCACGCUGUCCUGCGUAGCCAAAAGGAAGCUGCAGCUGCAGAGGCGGAGGAGAGGGAAGCCGCUCUGCGCAGAGAAGUGGAACAUCUAACCAGGGAACAGUCAGACACUAAGAGACAGUCUGAGAAAGACCGCUCGGCCCUGCUCUCUCAGAUGAAAGUGUUGGAGUCUGAACUGGAAGAACAGCUCUCUCAGCAUCAGGCCUGUGCCAAGCAGGCCGAGGAAGUCCUGGCCCUUAGACAGCAGAUCACUUCUCUGGACAAGCAUUUGCGCAACCAACGGCAGUUCAUGGAUGAGCAAGCCGCAGAGCGGGAGCAUGAACGAGAGGAGUUCCAGCAGGAGAUCCAACGGCUAGAGGCACAGCUGCACCAGGCAGCCAGGCCACAGCCCCAGGUCCCCCUCAACAGCCAGCACAUGCAGCCGGAUGAGGAGGUUGAAUUGUUACAAGAAAAGUUGAGAGAAAAAACAGAUAGAUUUAAUGAACUGGUUAUAAAGAAAGAGUUGGCAGACAGACAGGUGUUAAUCCAGGAAGAGGAAAUCAAGCGUCUUGAGGAGAUGAAUGCAACCACCAGGAGAAAAAUAGCCCAGCUGCAGGGAGAGCUGGAAAAGCAGAAGAUCACAAGAGAGUCACACCAGGGUAAAGAGGCACUGGAAGAGCAACAAAAUUGCUUGCUCCCAGUGUCCACAUUGCAGUCUAUGACAGAUGAAGGCAAGUGCCUCAUGCCUUCUCCAGGCAGCCCUCCUAAGGAUCCAACAGUCCAGUUAGAAGCAGCCCAGAGGGUACACCUGCAGCACGAGAGUGAUGAAUUUCUGCGCAGCAAAGAAAAGGAGAUGUGUGUGAGCGAGCAGCUCCAGUUACAGCCCAGUGGAUUGGAACUCAGCACUCCUAGUGAGGUUGUGUAUAGUAGGAGUUCUGAAAUUGAAGAAUUAAAAGCCAUUAUUGAAAAUUUGCAAGAGAACCAAGAACGGUUACAGAAGGAUAGACUAGAAGAGGUUGAACGGCUCCAUGAAGUCAUCGAGAAACUACAGACCGAGCUUUCCCUCUCGGGGUCUCCUGCAUGUGAGGCCAGGGAGGGCCAGGCGGAAAGUCUCCAGAGGGAGCUGCUCUGCUCGCAGGUGUCGGCCUCAGGUGGGCAGGCACUGCAGGGAGAACUUGAGGCUGCACUAGCUACCCAGGAGACCCUGAGACAGCUGCUGGCCAACCAAGAACAUGGGCACCGCCAGGCCUUGGAAGCCCUGCAGCAGCGCUUGCGGGGUGCAGAGGAGGCUGCUGCAAGGCAGCUGGCCGAGAUGGGCCAAGGCAUGGCUCUCAGGGAGGCUGAGGUCCAGGGCCUAGCCUCCCGCAUCCAGCAGUUUGAAGCUGCCCUGAAGGCAAAGGAAGCAAUGAUUGCAGAGAGAGACUUAGAGAUUGAUGCUGUGAACAAACGCAAGGCAGCCCACUGCACCGAGCUGCAGACUAUCUUGUCGGCUUCAGCCAGUCUCCGCCAUGCCUUGGAGCAGAUGCCCCUGGCUGGCCCACCUGAGCCCCCUGAGCUGCAGCGGCUCCGAGCACAGUGUGCACGCCUCAGUCGUCAGCUACUGGCAUUAAACCAGCACUUCCUGAGAUGCCAUACAGAGCCAGACCAGCAGCAGGCCUAUGGAGACACAGCAAUCAUACCUGAUGAGUUCUCAGGGCAGGGUGCCAGUAGCAGGCAGCUGACCUCAGCCCCCCAUGGCCAGGACCACAAUCCACGGGAGGACUUGCAACCAGCCAAAGUCCUGGUCAUGCUAAAGGACACAGGUCUCCAUAAGCAAGAGAGCAUGAUGUCGGUGCUUGCUGUCUGCCAGAGGCACCUGCAGUCAGAACUGCUGUUGGUGAAAAACGAAAUGCGCUCGAGUAUGGAAGACAGUGGCAAAACAUCAGGAAGAGCGAAGGGUAAACAGAAGGUGCAAGAAGAUUGUCAACUGCAGAAAGUCAGUCUCAUAGCUCAGGUGAAACAACUGCAAGAAAAAUUGAACCGUCUGGUAUAUUCUAUGACCAACCAUGGUGCCGACACUGAAGACUUUCAAUUCCAACAGCCAUUGUCAUCGGCAUAUGUGCUAGAAAAUAAUUCAAAUGAUAGUUCCUGUAACAAUCAGGAAUCUGACACGUCACCCCUUGUUGAUGCAUUUGAUACCAGUAAAACUACACGGGGUGUAAUUGAUGUUAAAAGUCGGGAUUCUUUGACAAAAAAUGAAGUGUUAAAUUUUCCCAUUCAAGAAAAAUUAGAAUUGCAGAAUGGACUUGUUUCUUUUCAAACGAGUGACCCGAGUCACAUUGAGGGGGCUGGGCUGCCACAGGACCCAAUCAGGGCACUGGACCUGUCUUCCUGGAGCCCACCCGAGGUUCUCAGGAAGGACUCAUCCCUCGAGCCCUGGCCCAGCUUCCCCCUGACACCCUGCUCGGGCACCAUGAGCCUGCGUAGCUCUGAUACCUCCGUACGGGACAAGAUGGACGCCUCACUGCUGCCAGCCAAUGAAUCAGGGCUGCUUUGUUACCCGAGCGUAUCUGUAGCAGAGCAGGCUCAACCAUGGGCAGAGGCCCCAUCAUCUGGCCAGCAGCACCAUGUGGACAGGACAGCAGUGGAGAACGAUGUCGAAGAUUUUAUCAUAACAUCUUUUGAUUCUCAAGAAACAUCAAGAUUGCCUGUUCUUGGGUUAGAAGGAAAAAGCCAUGGAAGUAAGAACAGUGACAGCUCAGGCUCUGGAGUAGUACUGAGCCUGGGGUCUGGAGAGCUCAAGGCUUCUGCUGCUGGUCCUGCAGCUCCUGCUCCAGGCUUUGGAAGUUUGCGACAGUCGCUGGGCACAAUGAAGGAGAAGGACAUCAGCCCACAGCAUAUGCAGUCUUUGCUACAGAUGGUAUGUGAUGAAAGUCACCAGAUCCUGGCCUUGUCAGAACACCACAGGCUUCCCAGUGCUCUCAGCAAGGGUGAGCCCUGUAUCCCCCAAGACCAGUUUCCGGAGGAGGGACAGGGCCUACUGGAGGCAGUGCCUUCAAAAGGAGAGAAGGAACCCUCUGAUAUGUGCCUUGAUUGGAGAGGAGAGUUUCUACGGGUCGUCCAGCAGGCAUUUGAGAAAGAGCGGGAGAUACUGAAAGUUGAACUGCAGCCUCGAUUUUGUAUCUCCGACCCAGGAGAUCACAACUCCUUGUUUGAGAGGCUGGAGAAGGUUGUCCGGGAGCAGGAGGACCUGCAGGAGAAAUCCUUGGAGCGCCUUCGCCUGUCUGACAGGAGCAGCUUGCUGGCUGAGAUCCAGGCUCUGCGUGCCCAGCUACGCAGAACGCACCUGCAGAAUCAGGAGAAGCUGCAGCAACUGUGUGCAGCACUGACCAGUGCAGAGGCCCGCGGGAGCCGGCAGGAGCACCAACUGCGCAGGCAGGUUGAGUUACUGGCAUAUAAAGUUGAGCAGGAAAAAUGUAUAGCAAGCGAUUUACAGAAAACCCUGAGCGAAGAACAAGAGAAAGCAAGUCAUGUCCAGAAGCUCCUGGUGGUGGAGCAGAAUACUGUGAAGGAGCUAAGGUCCGAGCUCUCUGAAUGUAAGCAAGAGAAUGAGAGGCUGCUACAAUCCCUCAAUGACGUGCAGAAGGAAGUCCUCCAACUGAGAUCCAUGCUGGAUAGCAAGGAGAACGACCUGAGUGCUGCGCUACAGGAGCUGGAGAGUGAGCGGGCAGAGCAGCGUACCCUGCGGAACCAGCUGGAGGAGGAACAGCGGCAACAUCUGCAGAGGGAGGGCCAGAGUGCCAAGUCCCUGGAGGAGCUGAGAGCGUCCUUAGAAGAGCAGCAUGCUCAGAGCAGCCGCCUACGGGUUGCACUGAAACAUGAGCAGGCAACGAAGGACAACCUGCAGCAGGAGCUGCAGAUCGAAUGCUCACGGUGCGAGGUGCUGUUGGCGCAGGAGCGGAACCAGCUCUCUGAAGUCCAGAAGAGCCUGGAGGCUGAGAAGAGCCGCUCACUAGAGCUGUCUGCAGCCUUGCAGCAUGAGAGACUUCUGACAGAGCAGCUGAGCCGCAGGGCACGGGAGCCCUGUGCUGCUCAGGAAGCACGGGUGCAUCAUUCCUUGCUGCGGAAGCUGAAGGAAGAGAAGUCCCGUGGGGCAGAGUUGCAAGCAAUGCUGGAAAAGGUGCAGCAUCAGGCUGUGCGCUCACAGCGCCAGCUUGAGGCCGAGAGUCAGCGGCGCUGUGAAGAGCUGAGAAGAGAGAAGGAGGUGAGUGCUGCGUUGCAGUCUACUGUGGAUGCCCUGCAGACCCAGAGACGAAAGCCAAGGUGCUGUCUACAGAGCGAGAGGGAGAAGCCAGCUUGGGGACAGGCAGAAAUAGAGCAGUUACACACACGAUGGGAAGAGCAUAAAGGAUACAAGGACACAAGGUGGAGAAUGGAGACCAGGCAACGCCGAGUGGGUACAGAGAAGAGGAAGGAGUGGCAGAGAGACAAGGAGAGGCUGCGAGAACUUGAACUCCAGCACCAGCGUGAUGAGCACAAGAUCGAGCAGCUCCAGCAGAUGGUGAGGGAGCUGCAAGCCAGAGAGGAGGGAUUCCGUGGCAGCCUCAGCUUUCACCCGGGUCCUGACCAUGGCCCUGAUGGUCCUGAGAUGGAACGUCUGCACAAGCAGCAAGAGGAUCUGGAGCGGAUCAGGCGGCAGCUGCUCUGUGCAGCUGGGCUCCUGGCUGGCUUCACACAGCAGCCCACAGGCAGGACUGUUAGUGAUUGGACAUCAUCCAAUGAGAAAACUGUGGCAUCCUUACUGCGUACCUUAGAGGACCUGAAGGCUGAGUUGAGCACGUCCGCCUCCUCCCAGAAGAAAGCAGCAGCAGAAGUACAAAUCCAGCUCUUGGACGUCUUGGCAAAGGACAACAGUUCUCUCACAAAAGCCCUCAGUGCAGCAACACGGGAGAAGGCGGUGUUGUGUAAGGCAGUGUCUAAGCUUGAAAAGACCCUGAAGCACCACCUGCAGAAGGGCUGCACCCUGAACAGAUUGGAUGGCUCUGACUGGAAGAAAGAGAGGGUAGUAUUGCCAAACUCACCAGGGCAUGCAGACCCCGGAUGGCCUAUGCCGGUUGCAAGCGAAGAAACAAACACCUGCAACAUCAAAAUGGAAAAGUUGUACCUGCAUUAUUUGAGAGCAGAGAGCUUUAGAAAAGCUCUGAUUUAUCAAAAAAAGUAUCUUUUACUAUUAAUCGGUGGAUUCCAAGACUCUGAACAGGAAACUCUGUCCAUGAUUGCUCACCUGGGGGUAUUUCCUUCUAAAGCAGAUAAGAAGGUCACGACAUCUCGGCCUUUUACUAAGUUCCGCACUGCUGUCAGGGUGGUCGUGGCAGUGCUCAGAUUACAGUUUUUGGUUAAGAAAUGGCAAGAAGUAGAUCGCAAAGGAGCCCUGGCCCAUGGCAAAGCCACCCGCCCAGGACCCCGAGCGCCCAGGCAGCGGCAGUCUCCAACUGAAGCUAGAAGGUCCCCACCUACCCGGGAUCUUACCCAAGGUACCCGACCUUCAGCAGCAGCCUCCCCGAGUCAGAGGCAAAGAUCCACUCCAUCCCCAAACUCAAGAUUAGAAAGAUCCCUGACUGCAUCUCAAGAUCCGGAACAGUCCUUGACAGAAUAUAUUCACCACUUAGAAAUGAUCCAACAUAGACUAGGAGGAGCACCACCAGAAUACACCUCAAAGAAAUCCUGCCGCCAGAAGAUUAAACAGUGAAUAAAAUCCUUGUGGCUCUUGCCUGUAACAAUUCUGUUUGAGGAAAAGAAUUGUUUUUUCCUUUAUUAAGGAAAGUUCAUGGUGUGGCAUGGGACUCUACAUGUGCCUGUGACACCUACCCCGAAUGCCAUUAAUGAAGUGUUCUCACCUUUAUGCAUUGCUGCAAACCCAAAUGGAGCAUUUUAUGUGUGAUUUCAGUCAGUCUCAGUUCCUCACCUUCUCGAGGUAACGGACACUCCCAGGAGGGGACAAGCGCAUGCUGUUCUGUGCCUAUCGGCGGAGGCUCUCUGCCUGCCUCCAAGAAGGGCAAGUGGAGAAUGGCUUCCUGAUUAUUUUCCUAGUGUACACAUAAAAACUUUGUUUAAAAAUAAAAAAACACACAAGAAAGCAAAAAAGGAAUAAAA